AUGGCGGAGAAACAGGAUCUCGAAAACGGCGACCCAAAGCGCGAAAGAAUCUCUUUCGCCGACGGAUGGGAUCCUGAUAAGGACGAGGGCGAGUAUGCCAACCUCAUUCGAUUCAUUUCCACCUACCGCGACCGUCGCUUCUCCAAAGCACCCUCUCAAGUCUCCGGUGAAGAUGCUGCAGAUACCACACAAAAGAAGCACCCUUGGUGGAAAAAGCUCUUUGGCGUCUCUGCCGGUCCUGGCGCACUCUACGAAGUACCAGAGGAAUGGCUCAACACCGACAUUCACACGGGUCUGACUGAAGCGGAGGUGGAGGUCAGACGCAAGAAGACCGGCUUUAACGAGCUGUCUACUGAGAAGGAGAACAUGCUCGUUAAAUUCAUCGGUUACUUCAGAGGGCCUAUUCUCUAUGUGAUGGAACUUGCUGUCCUCCUUGCUGCUGGUCUACGCGACUGGAUCGAUUUUGGUGUCAUCAUCGGUAUCUUGAUGCUUAACGCCAUUGUCGGUUGGUACCAGGAAAAGCAGGCUGCCGAUGUCGUCGCCAGUUUGAAGGGCGACAUCGCCAUGAAGGCUGAAGUUGUUCGUGAUGGCAAAAUCCAAGAGAUCAAAGCUCGUGAGCUAGUGCCUGGUGACAUUCUCAUCCUGGAAGAAGGUUCCGUCGUCGCCGGCGAAGCCCGUCUGAUCUGUGCCUUCGAUGACACCGCUGCCUUCGAGGAAUACAAAGAGAUGAUGACUGAUCCCGAAGGAUACCACUCAAAGAACCACACAGACUCUGAUGACGACGACGAACACCACAUUGGCAGCUCGAUCGUUGCUACUGAUCAAUCUGCCAUUACUGGAGAGUCGUUGGCCGUCGACAAGUACAUGGGUGACAUCUGCUACUAUACCACCGGCUGCAAGCGAGGCAAGGCCUACUCUGUUGUCACCGAGUCCGCUCGUGGCUCUUUCGUCGGCAAAACUGCGUCUCUUGUCCAAGGUGCUCAGGAUUCUGGCCAUUUCAAGGCUAUCAUGGACUCCAUCGGUACGGCGCUGCUCGUCUUGGUCGUGUUCUUCAUCUUGGCUGCUUGGAUCGGUGGCUUCUUCCACCACAUCAACAUCGCAACUCCUGAAGACAGCUCUAUCAACUUGUUGAACUACGCACUCAUCCUGCUCAUCAUCGGUGUUCCCGUCGGUCUCCCUGUCGUCACCACUACCACCUUGGCCGUCGGAGCUGCCUAUCUCGCCAAGCAAAAAGCCAUCGUCCAGAAAUUGACUGCUAUCGAGUCUCUGGCUGGUGUCGAUGUUCUAUGCUCUGACAAGACCGGUACCUUGACUGCAAACCAGUUGACCAUCCGCGAACCUUAUGUCGCCGAAGGCGAAGACGUCAACUGGCUCAUGGCAUCUGCUGCUCUUGCUUCGUCUCACAACUUGAAGGCUCUUGAUCCAAUCGACAAGAUCACCAUUCUCACGCUCAAGCGAUACCCGAAAGCCCGUGAGAUCUUGCAACAGGGCUGGAAGACGGAAAAGUUCUUGCCUUUCGACCCUGUCUCCAAGCGCAUCACCACCAUUUGUACAUUGAAGGGUGAAAGAUGGAUGUUCUGCAAGGGUGCGCCAAAGGCGGUCUUGUCUAUUGCAGAGUGCGACGAAGCCACUGCCAAACACUACCGUGACACUGCAGCCGAGUUUGCUCGCCGCGGCUUCCGAUCCCUCGGCGUUGCAUCCAAGCGCGGCGACGAACCAUGGAAGAUCAUUGGCAUGUUGCCCAUGUUCGACCCCCCUCGUGAGGAUACUGCGCAUACCAUUCUCGAAGCCCAGAAUCUCGGUCUGAGCGUCAAGAUGUUGACUGGUGACGCCAUCGCCAUUGCAAAGGAGACCUGCAAACUGCUCGCCCUUGGUACCAAGGUGUACAACUCUCAACGUCUUAUUGCGGGCGGUGUUACCGGUACUACCCAGUACGACUUGGUCGAGAAGGCCGAUGGUUUCGCUGAGGUGUUCCCCGAGCACAAGUACCAGGUCGUCGAGAUGCUUCAACAACGUGGCCACUUGACUGCCAUGACUGGUGACGGUGUCAAUGAUGCCCCAUCCCUGAAGAAGUCGGACUGCGGUAUUGCUGUCGAGGGCGCUACCGAAGCAGCUCAAGCCGCUGCUGAUAUCGUUUUCCUGGCGCCGGGUCUCAGCACCAUCGUCGAUGCCAUCAAGGUUGCUCGCCAAAUUUUCCAGCGCAUGAAGGCCUACGUGCAAUACCGUAUUGCUCUUUGCCUGCACUUGGAGCUUUACCUGACCACCUCGAUGAUCAUCAUCAACGAAACCAUCCGUACCGAUUUGAUCGUCUUCUUAGCCCUGUUCGCCGAUCUUGCCACUAUCGCGGUUGCGUACGACAACGCCCACUACGAACCCAGACCCGUCGAAUGGCAGUUGCCUAAGAUCUGGGUCAUUUCGGUCAUUUUGGGAGUCUUGCUUACCCUUUCCACAUGGAUCAUGCGUGGUUCCUUCUAUCUGCCAAACGGUGGUCUGGUCCAGAACUUUGGCAACGUUCAACUAAUGCUUUUCUUGCAAGUCUCACUGGUUGAGAACUGGCUUAUUUUCGUUACCCGUGGUGGAAAGACAUGGCCUUCUUGGAAGCUGGUUGGUGCCAUCUUUAUUGUCGACGUUAUUUCCACACUUUUCUGUGUCUUCGGCUGGCUCUCAGGCGCCAAACAUGAGCUGAAGACGCUACCGAUUGAUCAUUUUACCCGAGAUCACUACAGCGUCCAGACCUCCAUUGUCACAGUCGUUGUCAUUUGGGGUUACUCGAUUGGUGUCACUAUUGUGGUCGCCAUCGUCUAUUAUCUCCUUACCAGCAUGGCCUGGAUUGACAACCUUGGCCGCGCCCAACGCAGCCAUGCCGACACCACUAUGGAGAACAUUCUGUCGCAUCUCGGCCGCGUCGCUCUUGAGCACGAGACUGAUGUCCACGGCAAGCCCAAGUGGGUCUUGGGCACCAGAGCCACUGGAGAAGAAGAAGAUGUAAGUCGCCCUGUCCCGCAGAGUCCUGUUACUCAAAAGCUGACCAAAUCUCCCAGGAGUAAAUGCCAUGCUAGCAUGGGAAAAGAGGUCUUCCUUUCGGUGUCAGGCAGAAGGGGUUGCUACCGAAAGCGCGUGAUCUUCUUGUUAUUUCAUAAUUCGAGCUAA